GCAUCACUAAUUUUUAUGCUGUUUCACUUUCAACUUUCAGGCUGAUAAUUCUCUCGAAAGAAAACCUACCAUAGUUGUACCUACUACCUAGAUCGAGGACUUUUUUUAUUGUGGGCCAUGGGACUGGGAUCUCCUAUUACACCUGUAGAUACAAAGAGCUGUUCUAGCUCUGAAGCUUCUCUACUUCAUAAUAUUAAUGAAGAACUGAUAGAGCUCUACAAGUAUCUGGAGAAGCAUCAGGUGUCUGGGACUGAAGCUCAGCGUUUACUGGACCCAUUAAAAGUUGCAGUAGAAGGAAAGGAUAAAAGGAAGUUAUCAACUGUGAGGUUGCUGCAAGUGUCAAACCUUGUCCGCAAUGCUGCGCUCUGUGCUGCCUUGGUCCUCAUCGCCACAACCCUCUGGCAGGCACCUCUGCCCUCCAAGCUGAUGCUGGUGGCAGUGCGACACAUCCAGAUGCUGGUGUUGCCCUACUGGGACUGGUCACGCCUCUACUUCGCUGAAUGCCUCAUCAGCAAUCCAUUCUACACCCGCCCCGCCCUCACCCUCGCUGAUUGUAGUGUUUGUGAGAGUGAGGAAGCCCUUGCGAUGCUGUCGAACGUGCCGGUGAAUGUGGCGACGGACGAGUUCCUGCGAGACGAUCGUCCCUUCGUUGUCACGGACGCCAUGACAGACUGGCACGUCAUGAACACCGACGACUUCUGGUUCGACAACAUCACGGAGCUGUACAGGUCGGAGCCGCUGCAACACCUACUGCCCUGCGAGUUGAGUACGAACCUGCGGGCACCUGCUGGCGACCUGCAGAGCUUCCUGCAGCGUAUCCACCUCUCCGACUCCUGGUAUGGCCAUUGGGAAAACUGUGAUCGUAAGGCAGCCAAGGCCCUGCGUAACCUCUACCAGCGGCCGUACUUCAUGCCUGACAUGGUCGACUUCUCUGACGCCAAUUGGGUGCUCAUGUCUUCAGACUACAGGGCCAAGGUUUACAAGGAGGUACGGUUCCAGUCAGAAGUGCUGUGGCUGGCAGUGCUGCGCGGGUGGCUGCAUGUCCGCGUUUCGCCUCAGCUCCCCUGCAAUGAGCUGUGUCCUGAGCUGACGACAGCCCUCAUGGAGGGCCACGUGUUGGUGGUGACCAGCAGGCUCUGGCGUCUCGAGUACAUCCCUGGCGAGCAGACUGACAACCUGGCCAUCGCCGUAGGCGGCUUCUGGAACUGAUCUCUGACCCGCCUGCCCUGGCCCAUGUCGCUCUGACCCGCCUGCCCUGACCCACUUUGCUCUGACCCACGUCGCUCUGACCCGCCUCGCUCCGACCCGCCUCGCUCCGACCCGCCUCGCUCCGACCCGCCUAUGCUGACCCGCCUACACUGACCCGCCUACACUGACCCGCCUACACUGACCCGCCUACACUGACCCGCCUCGCUCUGACCCGCCUCGCUCUGACCCGCCUCGCUCUGACCCGCCUCGCUCUGACCCGCGUCGCUCUGGCCCGUCUCAGUCUGACCCGAUGCAUAUCAGGUUAAAACAUCAAUCCGGGUUUCCAUGCCACCUUCACGACAAUGGUUCACGUUUCAUGCCGCCUUCACCAACGGAAUACCACAGAGAUUUUAACUCUUAUCGUCAUUUAUUUCUUUAAAGAAAUAAGUUUUAUAAAAUGUAUAUAUCCACAUAUUAUUUAUGUUGAUGCCGAAGUCUAGCAAUAUAAGGCAUCAACAUAUUUAUGUUGAUGCCUUAUUCAUUGUAUUUUUCAACGACGGGCUAGAGCUUAUUUUGAUCCGUUAUUUGUUUUAAUUUGACUUAUACUUGCAUAUUUAUUUAAUAUAUAGAGAAAAAUAUUAUAUCUUCAUUAUAUCAACAUGAAAUGGUUUUAUAAAUCACCUACUAUUUGGUUUACCUUAUGAGUUAAAAACAUUUAACAUGCUUGAUAGUUGCAGUGUAGUCGCGCCUGUCUUCAACUGACGCUUGUCAACAGUAAAGUUUAGGUGCCGCUACAAGUGUUUUGUUUACACCUCAUCUCGUGACUCCGGCUUCUUGCGCCAUUGUACUCGCCGCCACUGCCUCAAAGGGGAUUGUUUGGUGGACUACUUUGUAUGGUCCAGUCAAUCAGUGCUAAGAUCCCUCGUCUAUUGAAGCCUUCAACAGGUUGAGUCAAGUGGUACAUAUGCGUACCAUGAGGUGUAUUUCUCCAAGACGUAGUGGCACAAUUAUGUCCUGUUUCAAUUAUUUCGACACGUUUUUUUUAAUAGAUUUUACCGUUUUAGUUCGGAUUUAUUAACUCGUUAUACAUAUUAAUCCGGUAGAAGAAUGCUUAGGAUAUAAAUCCUCAGUUUGUGUAUUUCAUAAUAGUGCAAAAAAAUGAAUUAUUGUACAAGAUGAAGCAAUCGAAGUCAACGUGUUGAAUGAUCAAGCGGCUUCAUCAAACGUUUGAGUUAAUCGAUUAACG